ACUGCGUGGUUUCCCAACGAAGCACGCACCUCGGUUCAGGCUCCCCUCAGACGGCCGCGCGGGGUCCUCGACUGGGCGGGGCUUCUCGCGGUGGCUUGUGGGUCCUUCCUGGAGCGCGUCUCUCUUUCUCUCGGUCCGGGGCGCCGGCAACAUGGGCAAGUGCCGUGGUCUGCGUACUGCCAGGAAGCUCCGUAGUCACCGACGGGACCAGAAAUGGCAUGAUAAACAGUACAAGAAAGCCCAUUUGGGCACAGCCCUUAAAGCCAACCCCUUUGGAGGUGCUUCGCAUGCCAAGGGAAUCGUGCUGGAAAAAGUAGGUGUUGAAGCUAAACAGCCAAAUUCGGCUAUCAGGAAGUGUGUCAGGGUCCAGCUCAUCAAGAAUGGCAAGAAAAUCACAGCCUUUGUGCCCAAUGAUGGUUGCCUGAACUUCAUUGAGGAAAAUGAUGAAGUUCUGGUUGCUGGAUUUGGUCGGAAAGGUCAUGCAGUUGGUGAUAUUCCUGGAGUCCGCUUUAAGGUUGUUAAAGUAGCCAAUGUGUCUCUUUUGGCCCUGUACAAAGGCAAGAAGGAAAGACCAAGAUCCUAAAUGUUGAUGAUGGAAACACAAUAGUAAUAAAUUUCGUAUGACAACA